AUGUCAAAAGCAAAAGCACCCCGGAAAUCCGGCAAGGCCUCUGAGAGACAGAUCUGCCGCGCGCAUGCCACUGCACUGCGAUCCACAGUGGAGACAGUUGGGCGCCCAUUAUUUAUCCUGACGGAGACGGUAAACACUAGCCAGAACCCCCCUGCGACGGGUUUCUGCAGUCACCAUGCCCUCGGCGCGGUGGGUAUGACCGUGCGACUCGAUUCCAUUCGGAACGAGGGUAAGAAGACUCCUUAG